AUAUCAUCUCAAAAUCAGUGAGAAGUAACUGAUUCUCCACUGAGAGAGAACUGAUUCUGCACUGCAGCAGAGAAAAAUGAAGGGAAUUGUGACAUCAGUUUGUCUUCUUUGGAAUUUACCUGCCAUCCUGAUUCAGCCAGCCAGCGGCUUCCAAGGAAUCCAUGCAAAGUUCUGCUCCUGGGAAUGCAUGAAGUUCACCCUGAUGUGGCCGGGUACUUACUGUGUGAGCUUGAAAAAGUUAAAGUGCAGCAUCCCCGUCAAUGUGAAGGGUUGGACCAUUCAUGGGCUCUGGCCCAUGAUACAUAAUGAAAACUGCUGUGAUUGUUGGCCAAUUUUCCGUUCAGAUCUGGAUGUGCUGGAACCACAAUUGUCCAUGUUGUGGCCUACGCUAAUUCAGAAUAAGUCCAGUUUCUCCUUCUGGCAAGAAGAAUGGCGCCGUCACGGUGCCUGUGCUGGCUGCGUGGAGGGGAUGAACUCACCCACCAAGUACUUUCAAACUGCCCUUAAACUGCGGGGCAAUUUUGAUGUAGACAGAGCUCUCCAGACAGCUGGUGUCUUUCCUUCCUGUAAUGUAUCCUAUAAUUAUAACCAGCUUUAUUCUAUAUUGCGGCCCAUUGCGGGUGAAGUCCUUACAAUCCAAUGUGUUCAGGACCACAAGGGACGACAGGUAUGGGUGCAACUGAAAAUCACCAUGACUAAGACAUUCACCCUGGGCUGCAAUAAGCUUCAGGUUUUGGAUGAUUCUCAGGAACCACCAGGACAUCCCUGCCCAAGAACAGAACCUAUCUUUUACUUCCCAAUCCACAGAGAGAACCCAGCGGAGCCUUGCAAAUGACCAAAGGGUCUCAUAGGCAAAUCAUCAAGUCACCCUAUUCCUGGCAAUUGAGCUUGCAGAAUGCUUACUGUAAUAAUGCUUUAAAAACACUGUGCCUGUACUAAGUAAUUAUUUCUACAUUCCUCAGGUGGACAAGUGCUUUUUCAUCUAGUGUGCAUUAAAUAAAAUGGUUUCACCUCA